GAAAAACCUCAGAGGUGUGGGUGACAGUGAUUCUGUCAGUGUGGACCAUUUGGUUUCCAUGGAACUCAGAGACAACAUCUGUUUUUAUCAGCCACUUCACAAUGAACAACCAUUCAUUUUAGUUGUACAAACACCAUUUCAAAAACAACUUUUGGAAGAGAACCCUCAUCCAAUGGUUUUCAUGGAUGCUUCAUACAAAGGCAUAACAGCCUACGGAUAUGCAUUUUAUGCACUGUUAUUGAUAAACAAAACUGGAAGAGGCGUGCCAUUUGCCUAUUUUAUUCUGAGCAAGGAAACUACUGCAACAGUAAGCCUCUGCCUACAGAAGCUUCAAUUGAGUAACCCAAGCUUCUAUCCAAGGUCAGUGAUGAUGGACCGUGACUUGAGAGUGCUUAACGCUAUUAAAAGCGUUUUCCCAAAUGCAAAGCUUCUCCUUUGUUGGUUCCAUGUGCUUCAGGCUGUUAACCGGUGGCUUGUGAAGACAGAUGGAGGUCACCUGACACCUGAACAAAGAAAUGUGGUCAUUCAUGCCAUGGCAUCAAUAAAAGCAUGUCUGACGGUACUAUAUUUUCUUACAUUCAUAACCCCAGUGCAACUAAGUGGUCCUGACCAAAUUAUGCAUUCUGUAGUGUACAUAAUAGUGAGUUUACAAUUAUUUAUGCUUUUUCUUUUUAAUGUUUGUAUAUAA